AUGAUCCAUCCAAAAAUCUCUUCACCUUCCUAUUCUACACUACGAAAAAGACGACGAACUAGUAGUGGCAAAACAUUAGUCGGAUCGGCCAAAUCAGUACGACAAUAUGAGAAAGCAAUUUCAACAGAAUCAGAAGAUCCAGUUCCUAUACGUUUUGCAGAUUUGUACAAACAAGAAAAAGCACGAGUUGAAAUGGGCUAUAUGUAUAAUAAAAAGAAAAAAUCAUAUUUAAUUGCACCUGAUACUUUAAUACCUAAUUCAGUUUUCCGUACAGUGUUCAAAAAAAAACAAACAAAACCAGCUGAAGUAAAAGCAUUUCAAUUAAGAUUGAAUAAAAAUUAUAAAAAUUCCAAUGAUCAAGAUGAUGAUGAAUGGAUGGAUAUAGCAGAUCCUGAUGGUGCAUCAGAACCAACUAGUACAAAAAAAUCAAAAGGAACACUUGUAUCAAAUAAAAAAGAUACCAUACCAGAUAUAUUUAAACGAAUGCAAAAUGAACCCUGGUGGAAACAAACAAAAGAUGAGAAACAUAGUCUUCGUUCUAUGCUACUUUAUUUAAUUGAAAUUCUUAAAUUAAAACAAGUUGAUUCGUUCGAAUCAGCAUGUUAUUAUGUUACUGAAAUAUUUCGAACUACUGGUAUCGAGCCAAUACUUAUCAAUCAAAUUCUUGAUAUUCUUCUGAGUCACUUAGCAAAAGAUGAACAUGAUCCUUUAGAGGUAUAUGCCAUUCGUACAAUUUCUGAAUUUAUGAUUGAACGAAAAGAUAUUAUUGUUCGAUUACUUGAAUAUGUACUUAAUUGUCAACCGACUGAUAUUUUUCGACAAGAAGCUAUUAAUGCAAUUAAAUUUAUUACUGAUGUUAAUAAUUCAGAUGAUAUUGAUUUAAUUCUUGAUGAUAUGUCUAUCGUUCAUAAUUCUCCUGAAGAUAAUUUUUCAUUAAAAAUGAUUAUAGAAGGAAUCGAAAAUAGGAAAACAACCGAAUCAAAAGCAGUUAAUCAAGAUGAAGAAAAUCAUGAAAUACAUCCAUUAUUAAAAAAAAUUUCUGAGGAACGAUGGUUUCCUCGAGGAAAUUUUCCGCUUACUCUCGAUUAUGUACUUGAUGCAAUUAUAGAGAAAUUACCAAAUGCAACAAAAACAAUGCUUAAAACAUUAACGACACAUUUUGUUCAAUUACAUCACGUUAUUGGUUAUUCCAACGAACAAUUUGGUCGAGUUUCAAAUGCUAUUAUAUUACUUUUAUCACAUAAUGAUGCUGAUCAUCGAUUAAUAACUGCAUCAAGUCUUGUUAAUCUUGGCCGAGAAACAAAAGCUAUUGAUAUUGCAUUAUUAAAUUCAUUUUUAAAUGAUCCUCGAAUUCUUGUUCGAACAGAAUGUUGUGAAUCAUUAAAAAAAUUAACAAGCAUUAUGUCCGAUACGGUAUUAACUGAUUGUGCAAAUGAUAUUUCAUAUAUACAGACUUUACCAGAAGAAAAUUUUAGUCUUCAAAGUUAUUUACAAGAAAAAAAUCGUUUACCAACACCACCACCAUCACUAUCUGUUAAUCAAUCACCAUUAAUAAUAGAAGAUCAAAGCAAUGAAGAAAAUAAUAUUCAAAUAAAUGAAGUUGAACAAAAUUUUAUUAUUAAUGAAAUAGAAAAGAAUAAAGAUACUACUUCUAGAACUCGUUCUUGUUCAUCUUCGUCUCAAAUUAUUGAAGAAGUAUCAAUGUUAAAUAAUUCUUCUCUACCAAUACAAACUGAACCUAAUCAAUUGAGUGUUCCCUCAAGUUUUAUUUCAUCAAUGACACCCGUACAACCAACAAUUCGUGUAGAAAUUAAUGAAAAACGAACUUCUGAUACACCACAUGUAUCAAGAUCUCGAAAAGAACGAGCACCAAGUGAAACAAAACGACAAAAACAAACUCCUAAUUUAGAUGAAAUUAAAGCAAAACAGCCAUCACUUUUACCAAACGAUACAAAUAUGUGGGAUUCAUAUGCGAAACAAAAUGGUACUAAACAUGAAAAAGAAAACAAUCUAAAUUUAAUAUUAUUUGUUAUUUUAUUUAUUUUAGAAACUACUGAACAGAAAGAUAUUGAUGAAUCUCCAGUGAAUAUUGUUCCUGAACCACAAAUAUUAAUUAAUAAUCAAGAACAAAUCAAUGAUCCAAUUCAAACAAUUCUUGAAGAACAUAAAAGAACUGUUGGUUUUUAUCGUAUGAUACAAAAUCGUCGUAUACUUAUACCAAAAAAAAUUUCUAUGAGUAAUACUUUUUGUGAUCAUUCACAUAUGAUUAUUAAUCAAGAUUCAUUACAAUUAUCAUCACGUAUACAAAAUACAAUGAAUUUAUCGAAUUUAAAUCAUAAUCAAAAUCAAUUAAAUGAAGUUGAAUUUAUACAAUUACUUUCAUCACUUGUUGUACGUGCUUUACAAGUACAUAGACAACAUGAAAAAAUUAUUCCAGGUUUAUCGACAGGAAAUUUUGCAAAUGCAUUAAGUAUUUCACCAAUGCAAAUACAUACAUCAUCAAAUACAUAUCAAUUACAUGUAAACUCUCCAACAAAAUUACCACAUAUUAUACAUCAACGACCAACAUCAAGACAAUUUGCUCAUAUUCAAUCGACUGCACAAAGAAAAGCUGCAAAAGAAGGUAUCAAUAUUCAGAAAGCUCAAAGUAUAGAAGGUGCAUUAUCAAAUCUUAUGAAAACUAAUCGAGAACAAAAAAAAUCAAAAUUAAUAUCCUCAACACCAUUAAAUCUUUCAAGUUUGAAACAGAUGGAUGUAACUCAUGCUUGGCUUCUUGUUCAAUUAUUAAAAUCUCAAGGAACACUUAAUUCAGAAAAUUAUCUUCAAAAAAUUAUUCAGUCUUAUCCAAAAUUUAUUCCAUUACUUCAUACAAGAAUACCACAAAAUCUUGUUCCUAUUAUUUGGAAUGAUCCAAUUGUUAAACAAAUUGCAUCAAUAUUUAAUAAUAAUAAACAAGAUGAAUCAACUGUUGAAAGUUCUUCGACUAAACAAACUGAUACAAAACAAUCAAUACCAAACAUAGAUGAUGAGUAUGAAGUAAAUGAUUAUAAUUAUACAACAGUCAUAUCUCGUGAUAAUCAUAGCAAGAGAUUUUUACCACCUAUUCGUGGUUCAAAAAUCCAUCUUCCACAUCAUGUUCUUAAAUUUGGUUUUCGAGAAAUCGAAAUGAAUCCAUCCGAAUCACCAAAUAAUAUGUUACAUGAAGAAAAUCAAUCAAAAUCACGUAAACGUCGAAUUUGUGUGCAUCUUAUGAUGUCGGCUAACGAAAAUGUGUCUGAUCGGUAUGAGUCUGUCAAAAGUCAAUUACGACAUAUGGUUAAAACUGAUUACCAAACGACUUCAUUUAUGCCUAUUGUAUCACGACCUCCUAUGUGUCAUUAA